UUGAUUAAAUAAGUGUAUUUUAUUUCCAAAAACGUUAUUGAUAAGUGAAAUAUUUGUGUGUAAAAAUUGUGCAUUAAAGGCGAUUGUUUAACUUUUCAAUCCAAAUGUCAAAAAACAAAUUAAAUUUAACACUACCUCCUGGCUCAAUAGAACCAGUUCCAGCUGUAUCACCAUCACCACCAGUACCACCGUUACCUAUUUAUUCUGAACCACCAGUAAUUCCAGACGGAGUUAUGGGAAAAAUGAGUAUAGAUGCUAUUCAAGAAAGGUUAGAAGAAUUAGAAAUGGAUGAAGAACAAAGAAAAAGGCUAGAAAGCUUCUUAGGUCAAAAAGAAAAAGUUGGAGAAUUAUGUGAUGAGGACUUUGAAAAACUUGGUGAACUUGGUGCUGGCAAUGGUGGUGUUGUUAUGAAAGUUAGGCACAAAAAAUAUGGACUUAUAAUGGCAAGAAAGCUAAUACAUUUAGAAGUUAAACCUGCUAUUAAGAAACAAAUAAUUAGAGAACUGAAAGUUCUUCACGAGUGUAACUUUGCACAUAUAGUUGGAUUCUAUGGUGCAUUCUAUAGUGAUGGAGAAAUUAGUAUAUGUAUGGAAUAUAUGGAUGGUGGAUCUUUAGAUUUAAUAUUGAAAAAAGCUGGUAGAAUUCCAGAACCUAUACUAAGCACAAUUACUUCUGCAGUUCUGAAAGGUUUAAGCUAUUUACGGGAUAAACAUGCGAUUAUGCACCGAGACGUGAAGCCAAGUAAUAUUUUGGUAAAUAGCGCUGGAGAAAUAAAAAUUUGCGAUUUCGGUGUAUCCGGACAGUUAAUCGACUCCAUGGCUAAUUCGUUUGUAGGAACGAGGAGUUAUAUGUCGCCAGAGAGACUUCAAGGCACUCACUAUUCAGUACAGAGUGACAUCUGGUCCUUAGGUCUGUCACUUGUAGAAAUGGCAAUUGGAAUGUACCCAAUUCCACCUCCAGAUGAGAAAACUUUAGCCGCGAUAUUUAGCACUCCACCAGGUCAACCACCUGCAGAGAGUGCUGCUACUAAUAAUGCUUCUACUCCAACAACGCAAUCCCCUGGACAUACUACAGGUAGCCCAAGACCAAUGGCUAUAUUUGAACUGUUGGAUUAUAUUGUGAAUGAACCACCCCCGAAAUUACCUGCUGGUAUUUUUAGCGAUGCUUUCACAGAUUUUGUCGAUCGUUGCUUGAAGAAAAAUCCUGCUGAGAGGGCAGAUCUAAAGACGUUAAUGAACCACGAGUGGAUAAAGAAGGCUGAAUCCGAAAACGUGGAUAUCGCUGGUUGGGUAUGUCGCACAAUGGAUUUACAACCGACCACUCCAACCCGUUUAGCGAACGUACAAUCCUGA